AUGCUAUUCAUCAAGAAAUCAAAUGGAUAUGCCAACUUUAUGGAAAAUUUGAAUAACUACAAGAAUUCAAAGAAGCUACUUCUUAUGGGUGUCAUUACUGUUUUCUAUAUACUUGUCACUCUACCCAAAGCAAAAGAAUUCAAUCAACCACAGCUGACAGCAUUUACAAAUAGUUCUACUGACACUACUCUCAAUAUAUCUGUUAUUAAAGUCGAACCAAGCUUACAAAUAGAAAAUGACACUAAACGAAGAUUGACAAGAAAGUUACCGGUUUCUCAUGUUUUUAUUGUUUCUGCUUACUUUUAUCCUACAUCCAAAUCACUUGGAAACAAUGCGAUUGCCUUGAAUAUGGUUGUUGAUUCGAAGAACUUCAAUGUUAACAACGCCACGUAUAACGUGUUGGGAUCAAACGGAACCCAUCAAGAACUAUCAAUCGCCACAUCACAAACAGAAGGAUUCCAAUACUGUCGUUAUAUUGCCGCGAUGGCUCGAACGAAUAGUGUUGCAAACUUAUCAAAUUUAGAAAUGGAAUCCAAUGGAAUUAAAGUUUCGAUUCCAUUCAAGACAGCUCGUUACACUGCGCCUAAUCCAGUUAUCAUUUGUAUUUCACCACAAUUCGUUGCUGAACAAUGGCAGAUAUUCUUGAUGCAUAUACAUGUGGCAAAUCGAUUCGGGGGUCACAUGCAUAUUUAUGUCACUUCAAUUGUGAAAUCAUACUUCAAACUGAUGAAAGAAUACGAAAAACUAGGAUAUCUGACAGUAGAACCAUGGCUACGAAUGAAGUUUUCUCAUUCGGAAACACCAUUUUUCGAGCCAAACUUGAAUACGGAACUGAGAAAUCAGGCGGGAGCUCUAACAGAUUGUUUAUUACAAUACAAGGAAGCAGCUGAUUACGUGGCAUUUUUUGAUUUGGAUGAUAUUUUAGUCCCACUUAACUAUCCAACAUAUCUGGAAGAAUUCAAUGCGGAAUGGUUCAAACAUAAAAAUUCAACUUCAAUAGCAUAUGGAAGGAGAGAACAUGAGUUCGUCAAAGUUGAAGCUUUCUCCGAAUUCAGUUUUCAAAAAUUAGUAUCCAGUCUCCGUUCAUCUGAUUCCGUCAAAGCUGGAAAAGUCGUCGUGAAACCAGAAUUCCACAAUUCCACAUGGCUCCAUGUUAGUCUUCACGAAGAUCGAAGUACCAGAUAUAAUGUCCGAACUCCCCGUCUCAUACACGUUCAACGACCAAUUCAGAAAACUGGAAACAAUGAAAUCAAGAAGUUAUGGAAAUUCCAAUUUCAAAAGUUCAAUGAAACUAUAAAGUCUGAAGAUAUUCAAGAAAUCGAAAAAGAUAUAUGGAGUGUACGAAACCUGACAGCUGUCGCUGAAAUCUCUUAUUCUCUUCCCAAGAGAGAUUUCUAUUUUCCAAUUGUUUUCAAGUGUUACUUAUCCGAAUUUUACAACAAGCCAAUAAUUGAUAAAUGUCCGAAUGCUGAAAUGUGCAAGCUCCCACAACGAGAAGAUAUCGAAUGCGUGCACUCGGAUGCUGAAUACUUUUCUGGUCCUCACAUGAAACCAUUCACUUUUCAUUAUGCGAAAAAUGCAUUUUGGUCUGAAAACUACGGGUGUUAUCAAUAA